AUGGCAUUUUAUCAGAAAUCUUGGGACAUCAUCAAAGUUGACAUACUUGCUGCUAUGAACCAUUACCAUCAACAUUGUUGGAUGGUCAGGUCAUGCAACGCUUCCUUCAUAACCCUUAUUUCGAAGAAAAAAGAAGCAAUAGAUCUCAAAGACUACAGACUAAUUAGUUUAAUUGGGAGUAUCUACAAGAUCAUAGCUAAGGUCCAGGCAGAAAGGCUAAAAACAGUUAUGGGAAAGCUAGUCUCUAAUCAUCAGAAUGCUCUUGUUAAAGAUAGGCAAAUCACUGAUGCUUCAUUGAUUGCAAAUGAGGUUCUUGAUUGGAAACUGAAAAACGGAGGGGCAGGCAAAUGGGGUUUGGUGAAAGAUGGAUCAAAUAGAUCAGUUUCAACAUCUCUACCGUUAAAUACUCAAUCCUCAUCAACAGAAGUCCAGUUGGGUUUUUCUCCCCGCAUCUCCCCGCAAAGAGGUUUGAGACAAGCAGAUCCACUUUCUCCUUUUCUCUUUAUACUUGCAAUGAAGGGUUUAAGUAGAAUGUUAGACAAAACUAAGCAACUCCAAUGGCUGAAUGGUUUUGAUGUGGGGAACAGGAUCACUACAAACAUUUCUCAUUUUUUAUAUGCAGAUGACACACUGAUAUUUUAUGAGGCGGACAGGAAUCAAGUUCUUUAUCUGAAUCUAACCCUUUUGAUCUUUGAAGCCCUAUCAGGUUUGCACAUCAACAUGCUAAAAAGUGUGAUCUAUCCUGUUAAUGAGGUGCUGAAUUUGGAAGAAUUAGCGGGUAUCUUGGGUUGUAGUAUCGGUGAAUUCCCAACCACCUAUUUGGGGCUGCCAUUAGGUGCCAAGUAUAAGUCGACAGCCAUUUGGGGAGGAGUUAUUGAGAAAUUUGAGAGAAAACUUGCCUCUUGGAAGAUCCACAAAGUGUUGAAACAACUUGACAAGAUCAGGAGAGAGUUUUUGUGGGAAGGAACCAGUGAGGAGCGCAAGGAUCAUCUGACUCUACAGAGUUUCUCUUUCAGUACUCGGGCAACAGAUCAGUUCAAGUGGGACACUACAGGAGCAGGGAACUACACAAUCAGUGCAGCCUACAGGAAGUCGGGAGCACUUAAUCAA